UUAAGUUAUAAACAAGUGAGUAUACGGUAUAAAACGAGUUUACUUAUUUACGGUAUAAAUUGUUAUUAAUAAAAUCGUGUAUCAAUUAGUGUUAUUACUUUUUUUUUUUGAGGAAAUUAGUGUUAUUACUUGAAUCUAAUACUAGUUGCAUAUUAAAAAAUAAAAUGGUAAAUUUCUUUAUUUCCUCCCAAAAAUACUCUCAUUUGCCUUUUAUUUUCACAAAUUUUCAUAUCCGACUAGCUUAGCUAUACCACGUGAUCGAGAUUACUUGAUUAGUGGUUACGUUACCCAAUUACUUUUAUGCUUUGGGUGUGUCAAACAAACACGCUAUUUUGUUUUUUUUGUUUUUUUUUAUAUUUUUACGAGGCAAAACUAAAGUAAUUUUCAUUUAAAAAAUAAAAACAACAAAACAAAACCAUACCAAAAAAAAAAAAACAUAAAAUUGGCACUCUUCCUUGCUAAGGAACACCGCUCCUCGCACACUCUCUUUCUUAAUCUGGGAAUACUAAUCUUGUACUUGAGUGUUGAUUAUGUCAUUUUAAAAAUUUCAACUUUCUCUCUCUAAAAUUCUCUUCAUCUUCUUCUUCUUUAAAUUCCCAGUUUCAGGUUUCUCUCUCUACAAAAUCAGAGGAAGCUUCUCUGUUUUUGUGGCCCAACUCAAGCUUUCUAUGUUCUCAAUAAGUUGAAACUUCCGCCCUAAAAAUGUUCACUGAAGGCCUUGAUAACAGUGCCCUUCAAUGGGUUCGAGAGGGUUCUAAGAAUGGUAAGAAGGAAGAACCACUGUCAGUGUUAGACAACAGAACAAGGAUUGACCCAAUUAUAAGAAGCAGCAGCCGAGGUUUUGGGUUGCCACCACCUGGCAAGUUCCGAAGUGGGCAUUUGCCACCCACUGCAAUUCCAGUAUCUAGAGGUAUUCCUGGGGAUGACUCUGCUUCUGUCUCUGGCAAUGACAUCACCUCAGAAUCCGAGGAGGAGGAUGUUUACGGCGGUAGGUAUUCUAUGGAUUCGUCCCCGCAGGAUGAUCGUGCUACUCCCUCGAUUACAAGUAGUUACAGAUACUCCAACACAAGAUCAUUGCCUCCAACUCGGAUGAGUUAUGGAAGUGAUUAUCUGUCUUCUGAUGUGUAUUCGUCGGUAGAGUUGAGUGGGACGAGGGGUGAGCGAUUAGUUAAAAAGAAUGGAAGAUACCCAGUCGCGCAGAAUGGUUAUGCAGAAGAUGAGUCUGAAGAUUCUGCUGGUAGCUCCGAGUUUUCUUCUUCUCAAGUUGGUAGCAACAUUCGCACUGCUUCUCGCUCACAAGCUUAUGUUUCAGAAGGCUAUGCAUCUAGCAUAACUUCAAAGGUGAAUAUUGGGAAGGAUGAUGGUGAUACCCCAAGUGCACCUCCAGUUUGCAACUCUGGUCAGGAUGCCAAUCAAGCUGUGCCUGUACCCAAUAACAAAGUAUCUGCUGAUUCUCAUGAUGCUUCUGACAAAGUUGAGCCAAUCGUUCCUAGUGUUAAGCUAUCUGGGUCACAUCAAGUGGAUAGUAUAGAAAAAACAAAUCCUGGUCCACAUGCAAGAACUAUGGGCGGUGCAGAAUCUGCAGGGUCUUCAGGUUCACAUGCUGCUCGUCUGCCUACAUUUCAUGCAAGCACUCAAGGACCAUGGCAUUCAGUGGUUGCAUAUGAUGCUUGUGUUCGUCUUUGUCUCAAUGCCUGGGCAAGAAGUUGCAUGGAAGCUCCUGUAUUUCUCGAAAAUGAGUGUGCUUUAUUGCGGAGUGCAUUUGGUUUGCAGCAAAUACUAUUGCAGUCAGAAGAGGAAAUUCUGGCUAAGCGUGGCUCAGAAGUUGCAGUUGAAGGAGCACCGCAGAAACCAAAGAAAAUAAUUGGGAAGAUGAAGGUCCAAGUUCGAAAAGUGAGAAUGGGACUGGACCCACCUACUGGUUGUAGUUUUGGUUCUGUAAAGGCUCCAGUUAUAAAUAUGGAGUCUGCCCGCUCACAGUUAUCCAAGGUGCAGAGGUCAGUUUGUUCAGGAUGGCAUGCCCUUCGAAGAGUGCGUUUUGUUCUCCAUAAGCCUACAGAUGGUUCUUUAUCAAAGAAGAGUUUGGCUUAUGUUCAAGCCAGUAGUCAGUACUUAAAGCAGGUUUCUGGUCUUUUAAAAGUUGGUGUAGUGACCACAUUGCGUAACAGUGCAUCAUCAUAUGAACCUGUGCAAGAGAGUCAUUUCUGUCUGCUGAGAUUAAAAAGUUCACCAGAAGAUGAUGUUGUUCGGAUGCAACCCGGUUCGGGCGAAACUCAUGUAUUCUUUCCAGAUGGUCUGGGAGAUGAUUUGAUUCUUGAAGUUCAGGAUUCAAAAGGAAAAACAUGUGGGCGUGUUGUUGCCCAAGUGGCUACUGUUGCUGAUGAUCCAAAUGAUAAACUACGUUGGUGGUCAAUAUUUCAUGAACCAGAGCAUGAACUUGUUGGUAAAAUACAACUUUAUAUCAAUUUCUCUACGAGUACCGAGGAGAACAGUAAUAAUAAGUGCGGCUCUGUGGCAGAGACUGUAGCCUAUGACCUGGUUUUAGAAGUUGCGAUGAAAGUUCAACAUUUUCAACAAAGACAUUUACUGCUGCAUGGCGAGUGGAAAUGGUUAUUGGAAGAAUUUGCAACCUAUUACGGGGUUUCUGAUGCAUACACUAAACUUAGAUACCUUACUUAUGUCAUGGAUGUUGCCACACCGACAGCUGAUUGUCUGACUCUUGUGUAUGAUUUGCUUUAUCCUGUGGUUAUGAAGGGCCACACUAAGAGCACAUUAAGUCAUCAGGAGAAUCGUAUCUUAGGUGAAGUGGAAGAUCAAAUUGAGCAGAUACUUGCUCUGGCGUUUGAGAAUUACAAAUCCUUGGAUGAAUCACUGCCUUCUGGAAUGACAGAAGUCUUCAGGCCUGCAAGUGGGGUUGCAGCUCCUGCUUUGCAACCUGCUGUCAAACUUUACACUCUUCUUCACGAUAUAUUGUCUCCUGAGGCACAGAAUAAACUUUGUAGACACUUCCAGGCUGCUGCAAAGAAAAGGUCGAAGAGACAUGUGUCUGAGACAGAUGAGUAUGUUAGUAAUACUGGUGAAGGAAUCAUGCUAGAUCAAGUUACAAUGACCACCGCAUACCAGAAUAUGAGAAAUCUUUGCUUGAACAUCAGUAAUGAAGUUUCCACGGAUAUUGAAAUCCACAACCAGCACAUACUUCCCAGUUUUGUCGAUCUGCCAAAUCUUUGUUCAUCAAUAUAUAGUGUAGAACUUUGCAACCGGAUACGUGAAUUCCUCAUUGCGUGCCCUCCGUCUGGUCCUUCACAACCUGUGGCAGAACUUGUGAUAGCUACAGCAGAUUUCCAAAGAGAUCUCGUCAACUGGAAUAUCAAUCCCAUCAAAGGCGGAGUUGAUGCAAAAGAUUUGUUCCACUUGUAUAUAGUUGUCUGGAUUCAGGAUAAGCGGUUGGCUUUGCUUGAAACCUGCAAACUUGACAAGGUCAAAUGGUCUGGUGUCCGAACACAACAUUCGACUACCCCUUUUGUUGAUGAAAUGUAUGAUAGACUAAAAGAUACACUGAAUGAUUAUGAAGUCAUUGUUAGCCGCUGGCCAGAAUAUAGCUUUUUCUUGGAAAAUGCUGUGGCUGAUGUAGAGAAGUCCAUAGUGGAGGCUCUAGACCGACAAUAUUCCGAUGUCUUGGCCCCUCUAAAAGAAAAUCUUGCGCCAAAGAAAUUUGGUUUCAAGUAUAUGCAGAAACUGACCAAGCGAAAUGUGGCUCCAUACACAGUUCCAGAUGAGGUUGGGAUCCUUUUAAAUUCAAUGAAGAGGAUGCUUGACAUUCUUCGGCCCAAGAUAGAAACUCAGUUUAAGUCAUGGGGUUCCUGUAUCCCUAAUGCUGGCAAUCAGACACCAGGAGAGCGCUUAAGUGAGGUUACUGUCAUGCUAAGAGCAAAGUUCAGAAACUAUCUGCAAGCCAUUGUUGAAAAGCUGGUUGAAAAUACGAGGUUACAAAACGCUACAAAAAUUAAGAAGAUUCUGCAAGAUUCCAAAGAAAGUGUUGGGGAAUCUGAUGUUAGAAACAGAAUGCAGCCUCUGAAAGAACAGCUAAUGAGCACAUUGAAUCAUUUGCACACCAUAUUUGAAACUCAUGUCUUUAUUGCUCUAUGCCGGGGUUACUGGGACCGAAUCGGUCAGGAUGUUCUUAGUUUCUUGGAGAAUCGGAAAGAAAAUAAAGCGUGGUACAAGGGCUCAACAAUUGCUGUUUCUGUUCUUGAUGACACAUUUGCGUCACAGAUGCAGCAGCUUUUGGGGCAUGCCUUACAAGACAAGGACAUUGAGCCUCCUCGUUCGAUGAUGGAAGUAAGAUCGAUGUUGUGUAAAGACGCUCAAGUUCACAAGAGUAACACGUUUUAUUACUGAAACAAUGUAGAAUAAUGUAGAUAAGUUUACUUAUUGUAGUCAUGACACAAUUUUGUGAAAUGAGAAUAUGUACUAGUGCUCUAUUAACAAAUUUAAAUAGCACAUUCUAAAGAAAACCAAUAUAUAGAAAUUCUUUUUGUUAAUAAAAUAAUAUCCUAGGUCCAAUUUUUGGUUUUAUGUAAGUUCUGUACACAAUAAAAUUUGUUGGGCAUUUAGAAAUGUAUAUCCGAAUUAUUAUUUGAACAUGUGUUGUUACUUUCAAAUUGAAAAUUCCACCAUGUUUUACAAAAAAAAAAAAAAAAAAAAAAAAACCUCCAAAGUGGUGAAGCAGAAGAUGGGAUGGAUAUUAGAGACUCCGAGAGUCUAGUGUCCGUUAUAUUACCGAGUAAAUGUUGUAAACAAAUUGGUAAUUUGAUCAAAUGGAGCUUCUAGAACUCAUGACGACCCUAUUCCUUGUAAAUUUGGGUGAUGUAAAGAAAAUAAGUCCCUCCCUUUGAAAUUUGGAACGUGUUCAGCUUUGCCCACAAGGCCACAACCCUUUCGUAAGAGAAAAUUCGUUACAAAUCUGGGUGAUGUAACGACGAGUCCCUCCUUUUCAAAUUCGGAACGUGU